AUGUUGUUCUCGACCCCCAAAUCGCGGUCGUCGCGCCGUUGUCAAUGGCUUCUCCCGUUUGCCGCCAUCACCACCUCCCUAGCAACCAAUGUCGCCGCAGCUGAUAUUGUUCCUCAUGAGCUACCCUCCUACCAUUAUGGCGCUCCCAUUCGCGUUGAGUGCAUGAACCGCAGCUCAGAAACCGGCGAACACAUUGAAACCCCCUCCCACGAAAUCCAAUGGAUCCCCUUCCCCAUCUGCGAAGAAACCAAAGCCCCCCUCGAGUUCAACUACGGCAUCGAGACCGAACAGAACUGCACCAUCCCCAUGAUCGACGACCCCUUCUUCCACCUCCUCGAAUUCUACAUCCACUCCGACGCUCCUCUAGCCUGCCGCCUGCCCGCGCGCCCUCCUCCACAAGUCGAGAUCGUAGGCGAGAAGCCGCAUGUCACCGAAUACGUCCCGCUGGUCUUUGCGCUUGCUGGAACCCUGCAGCUGUCACAUAUGCACAUCUCGACGCACAUGAACGUGCUGUUGCAUUCCACGCCGAAACAUCAUUUGCAUAAAAAGGAUUCGGGGGUGUUGGACAGCGCUACGGCUUACUCUACAAGCCCCCUGACGCACAUGGAGGGUUCCUCGACAAGGAGAUUGGUGAUUGGAGACCCUCUACCGCUGCAGUUUUCUGUGAGAUGGUUCCCGACGCCUGAGCUUCCGAGGGUGGAAGGAAAGGUGGAGUGGCAGGGCAUGGGAGGACAUAUCUACGCUAGCACCGUGUUCUACGCCCUGGUGUCGUUUGGUGCGGGCGUGUGUGUGACCAGUGUCUGGUUCUUUGGAAGCGUGUUGCCCAAGAGGUUGAAGGGAAGAAGCUUGGGAGGAGCGACGCCUUUAGGUUACGGCGUGGGCGUGGGUAAUGGUUGGGGGUAUCAGCCUUCAAAGAGGGCGGAUUAA